AUGUGCCCACUUAGGCCCGCGUGGGGUUCGUGCUCUGCGGGCGCCGGGGCUCUGGGUGUCCUCUUUCCUGCAGUCUCUAGCCUGCAGCCCGACGGAGCGCUGCCGCAGCACUGCCCUCUUGCCACCCCUGCGCAUUCGGCUCAGGUGGCCUUCCCGCAGUCCAGCUCCAGGCCGGCCCCGCCCUCGGCCGCCCCACUGAGCCCCAGUCACCCCAGAGCCCCCGUCCCUGCUGUGCACCCCCAUGUGCCCCUACUCAUCCGGACCCGCGCCCCCCGGCCGCCCCCGCAUCCUCGGCCGGCGCUGUGUCCCAGCCCCACCGCGCCCGCAGCACCCUCCCAAGGCCCCCGACCGCCACUGCGCCCCCCGCACCCUGCCUCCCCCCACCAGCCCAUCUGCCUCCCAGCCUCCUGGCACUCUCGGUCCUCAGGCUGCUCUGCCCCCUCGGGCAGGGCCCGCAGUUGGGACGUGCUCAGCGCUGCUGUUAGUUCCUCACCCUCCGGUGAGUCCUGGCGUCCCGGGAUCAUGCAGAAGAGGGGCGGCUACGGGCUCCUGGCGUGA